AUGCUCCGGCAGUGCAGUCGAGUCGGCUUCUUCAAUCGCACCGGUCUCCGGGGGCCGUACGCGGCAUUCUACUCGAAAGCGCCCGCCAUGGCCAUCCUCACACCAGUCUACGAUCGCGCGACUGCGCUGGCGAGCUACGCGGGCUCGUUCGCGUGGCCGCCAUUACUAUCAGUCUCCCGAGGCGCCAUCCUCGCCCUCCUCAAGAACAUACAAAUCGGCUCGCUCCAGAUCCGCGACGCAGACGGCACCCUCACAAUAUGCGGCAGCCCACCUCGUGCGCAAGCCGGCGACGGCGAGAAGAGCGUCUACGCAAUCCCACACGCAGAGCUGAAAGUCCUCAACGACCUCUUCUGGGUGCGCCUCCUGCUCUUCGCAGACAUGGGCUUCUCCGAAAGCUACAUGCUCGGCGAAGUCGAAUGCUCAGACCUCACAGCCUUCUUCAAGCUCUUCAUAGUCAACCGCCAGCACCUCUCCAACGGCAGCACCAUCUUCUCCUCUCUCAGCGGCAAAGUCGCCGGCCUGAUCCGCAAAACCAAUACCCUCGACAACGCCCGCCUCAACAUCUCCGCCCACUACGACAUCUCCAACGACAUGUUCGCCGCCUUCCUCUCCCAAGACAUGACCUACUCCUGCCCCAUCUGGCUGCCCAAAUCCAACCCGGCGUCCUCGCAAGAAACAAUGGAGCAAGCACAAUACCGCAAACUGAACCGCUUCAUCACCAACGCCCGCCUCAAAUCCACCGACCACGUGCUCGAAAUCGGCACGGGCUGGGGCAGCUUCGCCAUCCUCGCGGUCGAGAAGACGCACUGCCGCGUCACCUCCCUCACCCUCAGCGAAGAGCAGAAACGGCUCGCCGAGUCCCGCAUCCGCGAAGCAGGGUUCCAAGAUCGCAUCAAAGUCCUGCUCUGUGACUACCGCUCCCUGCCCACCCCCGCGACGGAGCAAGAGAAGUACGACAAGAUCGUCUCGAUCGAGAUGCUGGAGGCUGUCGGCGCUGAGUUCCUGCCCACGUACUUUGAGCGUGUGGACGCGCUGCUGAAGAAGGCGAGCGGGGUGGCGGUGUUCCAGUGCAUCACGAUCCCCGAGAGUCGGUACGAAGGGUACAAGGCUUCAGACGACUUUAUACGCCGCUACAUCUUCCCCGGCGGGCACUUGCCUACGGUCACGCAACUCCUCGACGCGAUCCGCGAGGGGUCGUCGUCCCGCUCAUCUCCUCCAGCACUGAUACCGGAGAGCGUGGAGAACAUCGGCCCUCAUUACGCCAAAACGCUCCGUCUGUGGCGGCAGAGCUUCAUGCAGAACUUCUCGUCCAAGAUCCGUCCGGCUUUAUUACAAGAACACCAAGAAGACGGCGCGAUGGGCCGUGAAGCGGGGAAAGGGAUUGGAGAGGAGGACGUAGAGGUUUUUAGACGCAAGUGGGAGUACUAUUUCGCGUACUGUGAGGCGGGGUUCGCGACGAAGACGUUGGGGGAUGUGAUUCUGACGGUGGGACGGGAGGGGGCGGUGGGGAUGAUGGAGGAUGUGCCGCUAUAA